AUGGUGAACACCCCAAUCACUAUAUGUGGCGACAUACACGGUCAACUCCAUGACUUGUUGACAUUAUUCGAGACUGGAGGAGACUGUCCUGAUACCCAAUACCUCUUUUUGGGAGAUUUUGUCGAUAGAGGGUUUUAUCUGUUGGAAUGUCUCUUGCUCCUCAUGGCACUUAAAGUCCGUUAUCCCGACCGCAUGACGUUGAUUAGAGGCAACCAUGAAAGUCGACAAAUCACUAUGGUAUAUGGCUUCUACGAUGAAUGUGUACGCAAGUACGGCAGUGUCAAUGUCUGGCGUCAAUGCUGCGAAGUAUUCGAUUAUCUCCUGUUAGGCGCCAUUGUGGGGGGUAAAAAUGGGGUAUUCUGUGUGCACGGUGGACUUCUGCCCGACAUCGAACGUAUCGACCAAAUCAGAAACCUCGAUCGUAAGCAAGAGGUGCCCCACGAAGGGGCGAUGUGUGAUCUUUUGUGGAGUGAUCCAGAGGACGUGAGUGGCUGGCUGGUACUGCCACGAGGAGCGGGUUAUUUAUUUGGAGAGCUGGAGGUGAAGGCAUUUUCUCACACAAACGAUAUAUCGCUCAUUGCCCGAGCUCACCAGCUUGUCAUGGAGGGGUACAAAGAGAUGUUCAACAAUACGCUUCUGACAGUGUGGCUGGCCCCGAAUUACUGUUAUCGCUGCGGUAACGUUGCCCUGGUGUUGACCAUCGAUGAUAAUCUUGAGCGGGAAUACAAGGUGUUCACCGCAGUCAACCAAGAUGUCGUGGAUGUACCGUCGAAGAAGCCAGUGGCGGAUUAUUUUAUUUGA